GAUGCCACCCUUUUGACGGAAAGCGAGCAGAACUCCGUCCCUCUCUUCCUCGUCCGAUUCGGUCGGUAUGCCGCCACCUUCUACCAACCCCUUCUCCAAUCCAAAACCCUAGGCCCCCUUCUCCAUCCCCUCUCCUUUCAUUCCGCUACCCCAAUCCCCAUGUUUUCCUUCGCAUUCAAUACUUCCCUCGCCGGCCGAGCCGGUGGGCUCAUCCUCACGCAGGGACAUCCUAAACUGUGCUGGCCACACCACAUCCGCGGGCCCAAUGCUUGUCCUCCCUUCAGAACAUCUCGUUUCCCACUUCAAUCCGGCCGUGGCCGCCAGAAUUCUCACGGCUUCGGUACAUUCUUCCCCUUCUGGUGUAAAAGGGUCGAGCUAUCGCCCGUCGUCCGCAGUUUUGAUUCCGAUGGAAGAAAGGAGAUUCCUCUGGAUGAGAGAGCUCGAGUUUUUGGGGUUCUUGGUUCCCUUGGGUUUGGUUCUGUGAUUGCGAUGAUUGCCUGCGGGAUGCUUGUCGCAAGGUCCUGCAGAUCUCUUGCCGCAGAGGGGGUGGUGGAAUCUGGCGUUGCGGCCUUUGGUUCGGAGAAAGCGGUUCCUAUGGUGGUGUGGCCGAAGUUGUUUCAGGUUCUUAAUGUGCUUAGAGAGCAAGGUUUAGUAUUGGCUGCGUUGCUGGGACUUUCUGCUUUCUUUUCUUUGGCAGAAACUGCAAUCACGACUCUGUGGCCAUGGAAGGUUCGUGAAUUGGCUGAGAAGGAUCCAGAAAAUGGUGUCUUCAGACUGCUUCGAAGUGAUGUUACUCGUUUCCUGACAACGAUUCUCAUUGGCACAACUGUGGUCAAUAUUGGUGCCACAGCACUUGUUACGGAUGCAGCAACUGCAAUUUUUGGAGAAGCUGGAAUUAGUGCAGCAACAGGGGUUAUGACAGUUGCUAUUUUGUUGCUAACAGAAAUUACACCAAAAAGUGUUGCUGUUCAUAAUGCCACAGAGGUAGCUAGAUUUGUUGUCAGACCAGUAGCAUGGCUAUCAGUGGUCCUGUAUCCUGUUGGACGGAUUGCCACUUUUCUUUCGAUGGGAAUCUUAAAAAUGCUAGGUUUAAAAGGCAGAAGUGAACCUUAUGUGACUGAAGAUGAACUAAAACUGAUGCUAAGAGGAGCAGAACUAAGUGGAGCAAUAGAAGAGGAAGAACAGGAUAUGAUUGAAAAUGUCUUAGAGAUAAAAGACACACAUGUCAAAGAGGUAAUGACACCUCUAAUUGAUGUAGUUGCAAUAGAUGCAAGUGCGAAGCUUAUUGAUUUUCAAAAGCAAUGGGAGACACAUCAAUACUCUAGGGUACCUGUUUUUGAGGAGCGUAUAGAUAAUAUUGUGGGCAUUGCAUAUGCAAUGGACAUGCUGGAAUAUGUUGAAAAGGUUGACAAGCUGCAAGAAUCCACUGUAAAGGAGAUUGCUCACAAGCCAACAUACUUUGUUCCUGAUUCAAUGUUUGUAUGGAGCCUGCUGAGAGAGUUCCGCAUUAGGAAAGUUCACAUGGCUGUAGUUCUGAACGAAUAUGGGGGAACAGUUGGUAUCGUUACUCUGGAAGAUGUUGUUGAAGAAAUUGUUGGUGAAAUCUUCGAUGAAAAUGACUCCAAAGAAGAGAUUCAGAGGAAAACUGGUUAUAUUGUAAUGAAAGAGGAUGGCACAUUUGAUGUUGAUGCAAAUACAUCAAUUGAUCAACUUUCAGAAGAACUGAAUGUCAAACUGCCAGAGGGUCAUCAGUAUGAGACAGUAUCCGGUUUCAUGUGCGAGGUGUUUGGUUAUAUACCAGAAGAAGGUGCCAAGAUUGUUGUGGUGCUUGAGAAGGCAAACCGAGAAGAGAACAGUGAAUACAGAAAUGAAGAGUCAGAUGGUCCAAGCAGGAAUGAAAGACAUCAAAAAUAUGAAAUUGAGAUAUUGGAAGCUGAUGCAAGGAAAGUUGCUAAAGUCCAUUUUAAACCACUAAGUAAUCAAGGUGCAGAUUUGGAUGCAAAGGGCAUAAAUCGUGUAGUUUCCAAAAAGGUGGUCAAGAGGAAGAAGCAAAUUGAUCAACUACAGAGGUUGGAAGAAGACAAACCUCUCCAAGUCACAUUUGAUGAGAAGUUGAAGGGCUCAGACUGCUCUCUUAGUGAUAAUAAAGCAGAGGACCUCAGUUGUAGGAACAACUAGAAUAUACAUUGCACUCAAAUUUUGUUUACUCUUCUUGGAGAACCAAAGGGGGGAAAAUGGGAAAAGAAAACUGACACCCCAUUCCAAUAUAAAUAAAAACCAAGGAAAUCUGGAUGCCAUGGACCAGAUGUGUGGAUGAACAGAGGUGAAGAGUAGUGUCAUCUGUUUUGUUGCUCAUAACUUCAUGGAGGACAGUGAACGAGCUGAUUACUAGCAAGAUCUUGAUGUUCUGCAACUCUCUGAUCAUCAUGGUUAUCGAGCCAACAGGACAGAGGAUCGCAGACCUAAAUUGCGGUGGAAGAACCAAUGUGUUAUGCAUAAUAUUCCGCCUCCGCUUUUUGAAAAACUGGUUUUGUUUUUUUUUUCUCCUCUCAUCUCUUUAAUUUGCUGCUGUUUGGGGUUUUCUUGUGACAGAGCAGUGGAAGAUAUGGUUGGUUUGUUUUUGUGCCU